AUGUUUAACCAGCAUGAUAUAAACGAAAUUCACACAUACCUAGAAAGUCAGUUUCCGCGAAUUCAAACGGAUUGUAUUGUAACGACGAAUCCUACCAAAAUGAACAUCAUUAUACCAAUCAUACCCGAGCCCGUGCGUAAUAUCAUGGAUUUUACGCUGCUGGUGGCAGGCACUUGCCUGAAUGCUUUGCUGGGUCUCAUUAUCGUAUCAAACUCUUCCAUGUAUACCUCCGCCAAUUGCUACAUAAUGAGCUUGGCGUUAUCGAAUUUGACAAUCCUACUCGAACCAUUUCAGCAAGUAUUUCGUUGGAUUUUCCAUAUAGAUUUAAUGAUGAAUCUCGACUACAUAUUUUUGGUGAGCUUCGGCACAUCCAUUCUGAUAAUAAUUAUAUUGAAUAUCGAAGCGUACGUUGCUAUUUGUCAGAAAAGUUGGCCCCUUCUCAAAUCGCUCGUGAAAAUCUCAACGGCUAUAAAAGGCAUCUUAUUCAUAUGGAUAAUGUGCAUCUUGGUGACAGCUAUGGAAUUAAAUCUCUAUGAUUAUUAUGAAGACGAAGUUGUAUACGACAUUUACGUGUCAUCCACCGUUAUGUUUCUAAUAUUCCCUUGUUUUAUUUUUAUCAUGCUUGAUGGCUUCAUUUUGUAUGAUUUAGUAAUAUCAAAAUUAAUAAUCGGAACAUGGCCAAGCAAAGAUAUCGAAUGUUUCAUCUUCCUAGUUGGCAUUACUAUUGGAUUUUUUAUAACUAUGAUACCAUAUCGAGUUGUGAGAGCUAUUGGUCUUUUAACAUCGACAGCGUUUUGCUGUAACGAUACUGUGAUAGAGAUAGUUUAUACGAUGGUUAAAAUAUAUCCGAUGACCCUGCCAAUAAUAUGUUUCAUAGCAUCGAAAGAAUUUCGUCAAGCACUUGAAACAAUGCUACGUUGUCAACGGCAUGAAACUUCUAUCAUAAUAUAAAGAAGAGAAAAAGAACAGACAAAGAUUACACCUAUUUCAACAUAAAACGAUACAUUAAAGUACAAAAUGGAGGUGAACUCCAUUUGGACAUCUCGUCUAAUCUAUUUUAUACACUCUUCCAAGAUUUCUUACUUUUAUCGCGCUUUUGAAUAAUUUACUAUUCCUGAGAAGAACUUAAAAUUCACGUGUGCAAUAAGCAAGCACAUCCGCUCUCAUGAAGGAAGAAAGAAGCGACGCGCGUGCAGAGUCUGCACACAAAUUUUCGAAUUCACUGAACUCUCUGUAUGCAAAUUAGUUCCCUUUGAAGUCUCUCUUCUAACAGCAAAAGUUGAACCAUCAUACACAUUGUACUUAU